AUGGCCUUUCCUCUUCAUGAAUCAAAGCUCCCCAUAUUGGCAUUUGCUAUGCUGGUUUUCAUCUCCAUCCUCAGCAGAAGCUUGCAUGCAAGUGACCCUCCUUUAACAUUAGACUACUAUGCUUCUACAUGCCCCAAUGUGUUGGAGAUUGUCAAGAAAGAAAUGGAAUGUGAAGUUCUUUCCGAUCCACGUAAUGCAGCUUUGAUAGUGAGAUUACAUUUCCAUGACUGCUUUGUUCAGGGAUGUGAUGGUUCAAACAAGAUCGAAUCCGAGUGCCCCGGAAUAGUCUCUUGUGCCGAUCUACUGACCAUCGCUGCAAGAGAUGCAGUCAUUCUGGUUGGGGGACCCUAUUGGGAUGUUCCUCUGGGAAGGAAAGAUUCUAAAACUGCAAGCUUCGAGCUAGCGGCAUCAAAUCUUCCAACAGCAGAUGAGGGUCUACUACCUAUCAUUUCGAAAUUUCUUUAUCAAGGCCUUUCAGUUACUGAUUUAGUAGCUCUUUCAGGGGCGCACACUAUUGGCAUGGCACGUUGUGAAAAUUUUCGGGCAAGGAUUUACGGGGACUUCAAAACAACUUCGGAAAGAAGUCCAAUGUCUGAGACACAUCUCAAAAACUUGAAAUCUAUGUGCCCAGCUGCUGGAGGAGCUGGGGACAAUAACGUAUCAGCAAUGGACUAUAUCACGCCUAAUCUUUUUGACAACUCUUUCUAUCAGCUACUAUUGAAAGGAGAUGGACUGCUAAACUCAGACCAAGAACUGUACUCAAGCUUGCUUGGAGUCAAUACAAAGAAUCUUGUGAUAAAGUAUGCUCACGACCCACUUGCUUUCUUCCAGCAAUUCUCAGAUUCUAUGGUGAAAAUGGGAAAUAUUACGAAUCCUGAUAGCUUUGUCAAUGGGGAAGUUAGGACAAACUGCAGAUUUGUGAACACAUGA